UCAGUCAAAUCUACCUUGUCUACCAAAUGAAUAUCGUCAACCUCUUUUCCUCCUUCCUCUUCAUCUUCUUCUUCUUCCUACAAAUCGCAGAUACCCAAAAUUUUUGCCUCAACGCUGCUUGUGCUCGCAACGAGCCAGUCAUCCGAUUCCCUUUUCGGCUCCAAAAUCGCCAAUUCAAGUCAUGUGGGUAUCCAGGUUUCGACUUAUCUUGUGAUGCUAGCACCAACCGGACACUACUUGAGCUUCCUUUUUCAGGGAAAUUCAGCGUCGAAGCGAUAGACUAUGUUACCCAAGAAUUAUGGAUUAACGAUUUCAACGAUUGUCUCCCGGAGCGAAUUCUCUCUCUUAAUCUCUCCAGUUCUCCCUUCGCCGGCAAUUUUUAUCAAAACUUCACCUUCUUUAAUUGUUCUUUGGCCGAUUACACCAAGUAUCGGCUGAACCCGAUUGCUUGCCUGAGUGGUUCGACUUAUACAGUUUUUGCGACGUCGUCUUUAAGCGUUAUUAGUCUUUUGUCUCAACCAUCAUCAUCCUGUAGGUCAUUUGCAACUAAGGAGGUUCCAGUGGAGUGGCCAUUUUACGGGCAGAUACUGUCCUCGGACCUCAGUGAUGAUCUCCGUCUCACUUGGGGUGCCCCCGCGUGUGGAAAGUGCGAGUCUCGUGGUGGACGUUGCGGUCCCAAGAGUAAUUCUACGCCUGAAAUUGUUUGCUCUAAUCCUACUACACACGGAAUUCCAAGAAGCGCACGUUACAUCAUGGUGAUAGGCGCUGGAGUACCAAUAGCGUUGUGUGUGCUGGGUAUAUUAUGUUUCCUCUGCAGCAGGCUCAGGCACUGCGCUAGGAGAAGGAGCCACCCUCUUCCAGAAUUUGCUUUCAUAGUUAAUCCACAACCCACAGUCAGUGCAGGCCUGGAUGGACCCACCAUAGAAUCCUAUCCCAAAAUAGUCCUUGGAGAGAGCCGACGCUUGCCCAAGCCUGAGGACAACAUUUGCUCAAUAUGCUUGUCAGAGUACAAACCUAAGGAGACGCUUAAGACUAUUCCUGAAUGCCAGCAUUGCUUCCAUGUUGAUUGCAUUGAUGAAUGGCUUCGAUUGAAUGCUACCUGUCCCAUUUGCCGGAACUCGCCUCAGCGGUUGCCGCCACCUCUUCCUUCUUGAUGAAUUCAUUGCGUUGCAAACUUUUUUUUCUCUUUUUUUUUUCACUGAAACAUUUGUACAUAUAAAAUUUUUAUAAGUUGUAGGUUAGUAUUUUUUUUUUUUUUCCUUCAAAUGUGAGGCACCAAAUUGUCGCUAUUUUUCCAAGAUUCUUAAUGUUUUUUAAAAAUGAAUUAUGUCAAGUUUACAAAUUUAGAUAUU